AUGCCGGUCAAUAUCCUUGCCACGGCCUUUGACUCGGGUCUUGAAUCUAUUCCAUACGGCUGGGCUGUAUUGAAGUUUGCCUCUGUUUGUGCAGUCCUGUACGUCUUGAAAUGGUACUUCAAUGGCGCGACCAAUGGGUCGGAGCGGAAUAUGCAUUCCAAGGUGGUUAUGGUGACGGGAGGAACGGCUGGUAUAGGCGCUGAAGUGGUAAGAGGCCUGGCAUCUCGAGGUGCACAGAUUGUUCUCCUGGUUCGACAACCACUCGUCGACCCCUUCCUCGUCGACUACAUCGAAGACCUCCGAACCCAAACGGGCAAUGAGCUCAUCACCGCCGAGCAUGUCGACCUUGAGGAUCUACACAGCAUACGUCAGUUUGCAACAAAAUGGGUGGACAACGCACCACCGCGACGUUUGGACACAAUCAUCCUCUGCGCGAACACGAUGACCCCAUCAGGGGGGAAACCAACUCAGACAGAAGACGGGCUAGAGUCGACUUGGGGGCUUAAUUACAUGGCCAACUUCCACUUGUUGAGUAUACUCAGCCCCGCACUACGUGCUCAACCUCCUGAUCGAGACGUUCGAAUCAUCUUCGGUACAUGCCCGGCCUACGUGGGAGGAAAGCUCCCAGGUGCCGAUGCAAACUCGAAGAAAGACGGAAAGACCGAUCCUGGACAGCUCGACUUCACUCCCUCCACCGUUUACGCAACCUCCAAGCUGGCCCUCAUGACAUUCGCUGUCGCCUUCCAGAAACAUCUCACAAACUACGUCCGCCCCGAUAAGAAGCCUAUGAAUGCGCGCGUAAUCAUGGUCGACCCAGGCUGGACACGAACACCUGGUAUGCGACGAUACCUUACCUUCGGUUCGCUGUUUGGGCUGGCAAUGUACCUCGUUACAUGGCCGCUGUGGUGGCUUAUACUCAAGAGCCCCGACCAGGGUGCACAAACCUUCCUAUACGCCGCCAUGGAGGCUCAGUGGGGUCGAGGAGAAGGAGCAUACUUCCUCAAGGAAUGUAGGAGAACCAUCUGGACAAGGAAGGAAAUUGAUGAUGAGCUGCUACAGAAGAAGCUGUGGGAGAGCAGUGAGAAGACGAUCGAGAUCCUUGAGAAGGAGAGCGCAAAGAGAAGGGCGGCUGAGAAGAAGAAGCAGAAGGAGAAGUCUGAGGGCAAGAGCACUGCGAAGGAGACCAGUGGAGAGGCCAAGCAACGGAAGUAG